AAACUGGAUGCAGAGAUGAUGCUCCUGAUGCGGAAAUGGAAGAUAUAAAAAAUUUAGAUAAUGCUAUGUUACUUGCAGAAGAGGUCAAAUUUAAGCCAAGGUCUGAAACAGAAGAUAGAAAUGAUGCUUCUGAUGCAGAAAUAAUUGAAGUAAGACACAAAUAUAAUGAAACACUAUUUGAUGAAGAUGAAACAUAUAAUCACGACGUUGAAAGAGAAUGCAGAAACGAUGCCUCUGACGAGGAAAUUCUUGAUCUAAAACGCAAUAUCAAUCAUAUACUGCUUAAUGAAGAUGAACAUUAUAAUUCAAGUCUUAAAACAGAAGGCAGAUUCAUAAAUGAUCGUUGUAAUGCGGAAACAGUUGAGGUAAAACAUGACGUCAAUGAUAUAGCAUUUGAUGGAGAUGAAAAAUAUAAUCCCGACCCUGAAAUAGAAUCCAGAAAUGAUACGUACGAUGUGGAAAUGGUUGAGGUAAACCAGGAAGUCAAUAAUAUACCACUUGAUGAAGAUGAAAAAUAUAAUCCUAACCCUGACACAAAAUUCAGAAAUUAUAGUUGUAAUGCGGAAAUGGUUGCGGUAAAACAUGACGUCAAUGAUAUACCAUUUGAUGGAGAUGAAAUAUAUAAUCCCGGCCCUGACAAAGAAUUCAGAAAUGAUGCAUACAAUGUGGAAAAGAUUGUGGUAAACCAGGAAGUUAAUGAUAUACCACUUGAUGAAGAUAUUAAUUACAAAUUAAACAUAGAUCCUAGCAAACUAGAAAAUGACACACACUCUCAUAAGGAGAUAUUGCAUCUAAAAUGUCCCUCUCUUAUGGAGUUAUUUUCCAAUGAGAGCACCUCAUCAACUAUAAGAACAAACAGCCAAGAUACUGAUACAAAUUCUAGGGGGCAUCAAAUGAAUGAAAACAAAUACCAUCAAGAAUAUCCAUUCAGUGGUUUUAGAGAUUUGCCAUCUCCCAUUAAAAAAGGGACCUCAACAGCUUUUUCAAUGCAUAGCCAUAAUUCGAUAAAUGACACUGAACAACCUGUAGAGUUUUCAUUUACUGCGUCAUCCUGCCAAGAACCUGCUGCACUAAAAAAAACAAAUCUCAAUGCUGUUUUAACAGCACCUAAAACCAGAGAAGAUAAUGUAGAAGUAAAAAAGAAUUCUCAAAACCUACACAGUGAAAACAAUAAUUUAUUAGUUUAUAUGCCUGGCACAUUCUUAAGUCAACAAAGUCAACAAACAGUAAAGGAGGAAAUCUAUAAGAAUAAAAAAGAUUUUCCUUUGGAGCUGACUAAGGAAAUGCUAGGGUGUAAUCCGGAUGUCGUACGUUUGAUACCAACAGAGAAGACAACACUAAAUGAUGAAUGCAGCCUAACAAUGAACCUGUGCAGACCACAAACUGCAACUCCUGGCUUCGAACAAGAAAAACAAUCAGACUCUGCUAGCAACUCUAAUGUGACUUGCGAAAACCCCCAAAAUACCCCUCUAUCAUUUAGUGAAUUAAAAAGAUUAUACUCAAACAUUCCGCAAAGCUUUUUCCAUCCCACGAAAAAGUUGUCGGCUAUUGAAGAAAAACAUGAGCAAAAAGCAUCAGAAGACAAUUAUGUCUUCACUCCAGAUGGUAAAUUGCCCUUGGUUACAAAGAGCUGUGAAAAUAUCCAUGAUCGAGUCUCAAUCCAGAGACCCAAACUGAAAAACAAAACACAAAGCAUGUUGUGCUUAUUAACAGAGUAUUAUUCAUCAACACUUCACAGCUCUGAAAAUGGGCCAAUUGAAGAAGUGUCCAGAGGAAGCUUUAUUCGCAUACCCAGGGGUCUUCAGGAUAUAGGAGAAGCCGUGAGGUUUCAUCUGACAUUAGGAAACUGUUUAGAGUUGCUCAAGUUCGCAAGAAAAAACAGUGUACCCGAACUUCUGAAAGCAGUUUAUACUGUAAUUAGUGAUAACUAUCUUCAUGUGCUAAAGAACUCUGCCAUUUAUGGCCAACUUAGUGGCUUGGACAGGGAAAGGAUCCUGCAGUUACGUAUGAGGAGGAAGCCUUCUCUUUGUGUUGUUGAAAUAAAGAGCAUCUUUGGUUGGAAUAAAACUUGUCAGACCGUUGAAGAGACUGAUACAAUUCAAUCAAAAACUCAAAUUUACACACUGGAUAUGGAACUAAAUCAAUGGGACACUAUAACCAGUAUUCCAGAAGAAGCAUGUCUUAAAGGGUGCAGCAUCUGUUCAAUGCACAACUAUCUGUUCAUUGCAGGAGGCAUUCAAAAUUCAAGUGGAGUUUCAACCUGUUCAGACAAAUUAUUUUGUUAUAACCCUCUUACAGACAUCUGGAGCCAACUCACAUCGAUGAACCAAGCACGGUCUCAGCUGAAGCUAAUUCCAGUUGAUGGUCACCUUUAUGCUAUUGGUGGACAGUGCUUACAAACAGUGGAAAGGUAUGAUCCUAGGUUGAACAAAUGGACCUUCAGGUCCCCACUUCCCAAAGGUUCUUUUGCAGUGGCCCAUGAAGCUACAGAAUGUGGAGGAGAAAUCUACAUUUCAGGAGGUCAUUUAUUUUAUCGCCUUCUAAAGUACAGCCCCAAUAACGACAACUGGGAAGAAUGUCCUUUUAAUGCCAGCAGGGGACGCUCUUGUGAUAUGGUGGCUGUUAAGAAUCACCUUUAUAGAUUUGACAUGCAAAGAGACUCAACAGUCAACAUCUUCAAAUACAAUACUACAGCAAAGAUCUGGACCGAAUAUUCAGCAAUCUUUCCAGCGAGUAAGAUGCCUUUCAGAUGUGUAGUACUGAAUAAUACAAUCUACUGUUUAAAUAGAGAGACAACUACACAGUUUGCAGAUGGAGAUGGCAAAGCGGUGUUUGAGCCAGUUGUCUUAAGUAAUUUUCCCACCAGAGGCCUGGUGGGAACUCCCUACCCUUUUGUGUUAAGUCUGCCUGGCCCAAUAUCACAGACAUCAGUGUAACAUGUUGUUCUUAACAGCAGGUAUACAAAUAUAUUGUGCACCACAUAUAUACAUAUACUCUAAGGAAUAUUUGCACUAGAUAAGUGCCUUCUGUGCUUUUUAUGAAAUAUUUUAAAACCAGUGCAGUAUUAAGGUGAACCUGCCAUGAGAGGUUCAUUUUUCUCACUCCUAUUUACGUAUAUCUUAAAAAUAAAUAAUAUAUUAUGAUACAAUGGUUUUUGGGUUUUACACUAGUAGUACCACCGACACCAGGUUCCUCCUACCUUCCAUGACCAGCAAUCCAUUGGAAAGCAGAACACCACUUCACAAAAAAGUGCCUCUUUAAUACUCACACACAGGCUUUAUUGUCAAUGCAUAGACGUAUGAACAGAAUGACGUCUGUCAUUCCAUUCACAUGUUCCUCUGACAAAGCACAAGACAAAGUGGUUUUCCUUGUGAGUCAAUCCUUGCAAACACACUAUGUCCUCAGCACAGGAGUGUAUGCAGAUAACUGAAUGACUGGUGAGGGAAGGUGACAAUUAAAAGAACACUACAGACACCAUAAAUACCAGAAUUCUCUAUAGUGGUUAUGUUGCCAGGAGUGCCCUGGCUUCCCCCCUUUUAAUGGAAGCUCCGGCUUAGGAGCUUCUGACAUCUCCAG